AAUGCAAAAGCAGCACCAGAUUUUGCGUAAAAACCACUUGAUUGCUUCACCUUCCUCAGCCCCUUCUCUCUCUGCAUCUUCCUUCCCUCCCUCCCUCCCUCCCCUCUCUCUAUUUUAACGUCAAUCCUAAGUAUGGCUUGCUCCUCUUAUUCUCUUUAAAUCACCUGAACAAACUCUUGACUUUUUCACUCAUACAACUUAGGCAUAAAUGUAUACCAACUCCUCGUUUAUACCUUUCCAUCUUGUUAUAUAGCGGCUGCUGCAGCUGCUUAGAGUUUUCAUUGAUAACAUACUGUCAUAUCGCUGUAAUCUUUUGAGCAGAAAUGGGACGACAUUCUUGUUGUUUAAAGCAAAAAUUAAGGAAAGGUUUGUGGUCACCUGAAGAAGAUGAGAAACUGCUCAAUUAUAUAACUAGAUUUGGUGUUGGUUGCUGGAGUUCUGUUCCUAAGCUAGCUGGUUUGCAAAGGUGUGGAAAGAGUUGCAGGUUGAGAUGGAUAAACUACCUGAGACCUGAUCUUAAGAGAGGAAUGUUCUCUCAGCAAGAGGAGGAUCUCAUAAUCAGUCUUCAUGAAGUUUUGGGUAACAGGUGGGCUCAAAUUGCUGCACAGUUACCGGGAAGAACAGACAAUGAGAUUAAGAACUUAUGGAAUUCCUAUCUGAAGAAGAAGCUUAUGAAGCAAGGUAUUGACCCAACAACCCACAAGCCUCUAUGUCAAGUGGGGGUGAAAGAGGAGAAGGAUUGUACAGAGAAGGCAUCUUUCCAAAUACCACAGUCUAAAGGGUUGCCAAUCGUAUCAAACUUCACUGCACAAGAGCCAGCAUUUCUCAUUAAUGAUACUACUUACAAUAGCAGUGGAUUACCAGAAGUUUCAAGAGAGAAAUUUCUCAACAAGCAAGCCUAUGAUCCUUUAUCCUACUUUGAAUUCCCUGCCGGUAUUGAUCUAACUGGGUAUAAUUCAAGCCUUUCAAGUGUGUAUCAUCCAACUGUUAGAUCUCUUGAUCAAAACCAAUUUGAAACAAGUUCAAACUUUGGAUUCACUUCAAUGCCAAGUUUAACAAGUUUUGACCAUGGAAGUAUGAGUGGGACAGAUUUCUCCGAUAACUCGGCUUCAAGAAUGAGUUCAAUGUUCCUGAACGAGGCAAAGGAAAGUUCCAGUAACAGUUCAAACAUCAGCAAUUAUGCAGGAUACCAGAUGAACAAUAUGGUGGAGAAUGCAGCAGCUUUCUCAUCAUGGGAUUCUGAUGAUCAUAAGUUAGAGUCGGUGUUUCAAUAUCACCAAGUCAAUGGGAUCAAGACAGAAGAAUUGAAGCCGAGCCCAUGGCAUGAAGCUGGACGGCUCCAUACUCAUCAGAAUUCAGUAGAUUUCAAUAGCUAUCCGUUAACGUCGCUGUCAGAAGAUAUAACAGGAGCAAAUUUUGAUGUCUUCCACCAGAUAUGAACUGUAAAUUCAUUAAUUUACCCCCCGCUCUCUCUCUCUCUCCAAACAAAUACGUGAGAUGUUGAUAGUACAGGAAUGUUUGAGAUUGUCUUUUUUCUUUUUGGUUAACCAGAUUUAAAAAAAAAAAAAACUAAGCUGAUAUUGCUUCUCUGAAUUUUAAUCUGCAAUGUUCCUUCUUGUUUUCUGUGUACUUCUCUUUUUCUUUCUGUAUUUGUUUUCAGGACAGUUCAAAAUAAUGUACUUACUUACAAGUUCAAGAGUGAAAACUAAUUUUGUGGUCAUAA